GGCUUCGCUAUGACGGACUGUUGUGUACGGACAUGUCCACGGCCAAUGUGUAUCCCUCCAUCCUAUGCUGACCUUGGCAAAGCUGCCAGAGAUAUUUUCAACAAAGGAUUUGACUUUGGGUUGAUAAAGCUGGAUGUGAAAAGAAACUCAUUCAGGGGCGUGGAAUUUUCAACCUCUGGUUCAUCUACAGACACUGGUAAAGUUAGUGGGACCUUGGAGACCACAUACAAAUGGUGUGAGCAUGGUCUGACUUUCACAGAGAAAUGGAACACCGAUAACACUCUAGGAACAGAGACUGCAACUGAAGACCAGAUCUGUCAAGGUUUGAAACUGACAUUUAAUGCUACCUUUUCACUGAACACAGGUAAUAAGGGGACAGAGUUUGGAGGAUCAAUUUAUCAGAAAGUAUGUGAAGAUUCUGACACUUCAGUAAACCUUGCUUGGACAUCAGGUACCAACUGCACUCGUUUUGGCAUUGCAGCUGAAUACCAGUUGGAUCCUACUGCUUCCAUUUCUGCAAAGGUCAACAACUCUAGUUCAAUUGGAAUGGGUUAUACUCAGACUCUGAGGCCUGGUGUGAAGCUUACACUGUCUACUCUGGUAGAUGGGAAGAGCUUUAAUGCUGGAGGCCACAAACUUGGGCUUGCCUUGGAACUGGAGGCUUAAUCCAGUUGAAGGACACCUCUGGGAAGGGAUAUCAGAGGAUUUGGCCUUC